AUGGAAAACAUCGAAAACACCACCAACGAGAGCAAUCAUUAUUCUUUUGAAAGGUGGUUUAAUCAGCCAUAUUCUUUCAGUCAAUACUUCCCGUAUGUAAAAUUUGCACAUAAUAUUCUCCACCCUCUCGAGGAAACAGGCUACAUGCAUGUUUCCUUAAAGGACCUCGAGCAAAUCAAGGUCUACAUACAAAAGUUAUGCUUCGCGUUGGAAUUUGGAAAAAAUGCCACCACCACUCGUUCACGAGAGUUUCUUCCUAAAGGAUUUAACGUGUCGCGAUUUAAUUCUCCGCAAAAAACUUCUCAUCAAUUGAAUAUCCACAACUCACCCAAUGAACGCGAUCACGUCGACUUUAAAACCGCUCAAUCCGAAUCCCUUUUGGGAUUUCUCAUUGCUCAACUAUUGGAUCAAGUAGAUUUUGUGUCCAAAUAUUGGCAAUUCAAAAUUUACGAAGACGCAAAGUACAAGGCGGACGCUGUCUCGGAGACUCUUAGCGUAAAUCACGAAAAUUCGGUUUUUUUACAUUCGAUGCCCGAAUUCAUUUCACGUCCGGAAAACACAUUGCAAUGGUUGAAAAGAUUUAAUAGGAAAUCAAUAUUUAGAUCGAUUGUUGAAGAGGAAAUUGCCAUAAUUUACAAUUUGGGCGAUAGAUUUGAACAUAUAGUCACACUACAAUCCUAUUUAAGGAGUGAGAUCAAUCCUUUCAAACAAUUCACGAACGGCAAAAGAAAACAAUUGACUCCCGAAGAUGCCAACAUAUGGAUCAUCAUGACAUAUAUGACAAUGAAACUUUUAGAGAAGAUUGUAUACCCCAAAAAUGAUCACAUCUUUAAAAGACAGAAAUCUACAGAUUCAUUCAUCCGAGAACACUUUGUUCGGGACCUAGAAGAACUUUUGGCAACGUGCAAAGAAUUCACCUUAGAUGAACGGUGGAUAAAAUCAGAAGAUUCUGAAGUCGAGAGUGAAGAACAAGAAACUACCGAUUCGAAAGACGACAGUGAAUCAGAGCAAAAUCAAAAUCUGACAUCAUUUUUCCUGUACUGCAUCAUUAUAAUAUUUUUCUAUUGUUUCCCAGUAUCGGUGAAUUUCUCCAACAACUUAACCACUGGUAUCGAAUUGGCAAAGAUCUUUAUGCUUGGAAUUCACACAUUUCGGAUGAGUUACGCAUUCAAACUUAGCAAUACCCUAACAAAGUGUUUAGUUAUCAACGUCGACUCAGGGUUCCUGAGAUAUAAUAAUCACCUUAGAAUAUUCUCGAAAUUUGUAGUAUCAAUAUUAGGAAUCGGUUUCGCAUUUGUUGUAGUGAUAUUAGGGAUUGGUGCCGCAUUUCAUUAUUUCCACGACGACCCUGAACCGCUAUCUUUAAUUUAG